AUGGCACCCACAGGUCGCUCACAUCAGUCCCUAAAGCUGCUCGGGCACCUCGAGGAUCUCCACAGGAGGGACGGCAGAUUCAGAGAGGAGCCCAAGGGAGGGCCUCCUUCAGAAGGUCAGCCCCUGACAGCAGGAGGAGGAGAGAGGGGCCUCCAAGCCUGGAACUGCCGGAGGAGCCUGUCUUUUGAGGUUCCUGCUUCCUCCUCCCCAUUGGGUCAGUGUGGAAGCCCUCCACUAGGGGAUGGACUGGUGCAUGGAGACAUCCCUGGGGACAAGAGCCCAGCGAGGACUAGGAGUGAGCUUCACUGGCGGGGCUUCCUGGCCUUGCCCUGUGACCUUGGGCCAGGUCCUGCGGCCAGCAGGCUUCUGGUUCCCCGGCUGGGAGGCUGCAGCAAUGGCGGGAUAGCAGAUGUCUUUACGGUAUUUGCCAAGACACAAGUGAAGGAUGUGACCACAGGAGAAGUGCAUGGAAAAAUCUCAGCCUUCAUCGUAGAAAAAGAAUUUGAGGGUGUGACCAGUGGUCCACCAGAGAGAAAGAUGGGCAUCAGGGCCUCUAAUACCACCUCAGUCAUCUUCAACAACGUGAAAGUACCCACUGAAAAUGUGCUGGGGGGCUUUGGGAAUGGCUUCAAGGUCGCCAUGAGCAUCCUCAACAAUGGCCGCUUUGGGACCGUCUCUGCCAUGGCGGGCACCAUGCGUAGAAUGAUCAAGAAAGCGGCUAACCAUGCUGCAAAACGGAAGCAAUUUGGGAAACAAAUCUGUGACUAUGGGAUCAUCCAGGAGAAGCUGGCCCGCAUGGCCAUGUAUCACUAUGUGGCCGAGUCAAUGGCAUACCUGAUCAGCGGGAACAUGGACACAAAAGUCCCAGAUUUCCAUCUGGAAGCCGCCCUCAGCAAGGUUUUUGCUUCUGAGGCCGCCUGGGAAGUCGCUGAUGAAUGUAUUCAGAUCCUUGGAGGAGCUGGCUACAUGAAGAAAGCCAGAGUAGAGCAGAUCAUGAGGGAUCUCCGCAUCUUCCGCAUUCUCGAGGGCACCAAUGACAUCCUCCGGAUAUUUGUAGCUUUGGCAGGUCUGCAGCAUGCGGGGGCCCAAUUAGAGGAGCUACAGCACACCUUGGAAGACCCAUUGAACAACUCUGCCGUCCUUUUCACUGAACUUGGCCUCAGAGCAAAACGCAUAAUAGGGAUACCAACAGGCAUUUCCCUUGAUGGAGUGGUCAGUGGACACCUGCUGGACACUGCGAGCCUGGUGACAAAGUGUGUGGACCUACUUUCGGAGGCUGUUGAACACCUGCUUUUAAAAUUUGGCACAGAAGUGGUCUAUCAGCAGUUUCACUUGAGGAGAGUAGCAGAUACUGCUAUGGACAUCUACUCCAUGGGGGUCGUGCUUUCCAGGGCAACGCAGUCACUGAACCACAAUCUCCCUUCAGCCACACAUGAGAAGCUCCUGUGUGAGUCCUGGUGCUAUAAGGCCUCUGAACGCGUUCGAUGGAAUCUCAGGUCAGUGAAAGCCUCAAGUUGGAACUCCUACUACCAGAACAUGAAGACUAUUUCUAAUGAAGUUGUGAGGAAUGGAGGAGUCAUAUAUUCUCGCCCCAUGGGCUUCUGAAAAGGGACUCAUCUCCUGGAGGGCACUUGAGGCUAGACUCCACCCUGAGCACUUAUAGAGAAGUUAGCAAAAUAAUAAAAUUACAGGCUCUUUCCUGGGUCAUUGGGUGUGAGAAAC